ACGGGCAUUGAGACAAUACCAUCGGUCGACAGUCGCACGAAUGGAGAACAUCUGGCACCAUCGCAGAGUCGCCGAGACAGCAGCAAAGGGAUGCAUGAUUUGCUAUAAGCCCUCGGCCAGCGUCCUGAUCACCCCGGACAGCAAGGACUUUUUCUACAUCUGCCCCUCCCACCUCAAGGAUCGCAACUUCGCCCUGCCCACCGAUGACGAAGCCAAGGCCAUUGCGGACAGAAAGAAGAAAGAAGAGUUGGAUCGCGAGAUCGAGGCCGUCAAGAAGGAAUACGAGGAGAAGAUGAAGAAGAAGCAGCAAAAGAAGGACAAGUCAAAAGACAAGGACAAGGACAAGGACGCCAAAGGCAAGGAAAAGGACGACAAGAAGUCCGACCAGGAAGAAAAGGAAAGAGACGACAAAAUCAAGGCCUUGACCGACAAAGCCGAUGCCUCAUCCACGACAAAGUCCGGCCUCGACGACGGCCCUCGUGUCUUUCAACUGCAGAAACACUUCUACAACAUGAGAUUGGAGAAGAUGCGUAACGCGGAAGCUGCAAAGCGCAACCGCGAACGUAUGCGAAACCCUCAGCUGUUUCCCUCUGUCCCCAGCGGCAACCCUUGAGACCCUCCUUGCACAUGACCUGCCAACAACCUUGUCCUUGACCGCCACAUCAGCGUGAUCAAGCGUCUGCAUUACCCGCCGGCUUCCUGCAGCACUCCAGCAUAACAACUUGGAGUCGCAUACUGCAGUCGCCCCACUUCAGAAGACAUGUGUGCCCCUUCUGCGUCACUGUCUACGACCUGUCUUUCGCACACAGCCACCGCCAUCCGCCAAGACACCUGUCAGCACUAGGGCUGAGGCAGAUACGAUGCAUUCGCCCUCGUUCUUCUUUCAGCCCUUGUCAGCAUUUGGAUCAGGCCCGAAUCUGCCAGCGCAAGAGACACGUACGACGGUCCGACACCGAC